UCAUGUACUGCUUUAAAAACCAAAAUCUUAAACAUAAGUACACAGACUCUACUGAAUGAGUAUGCAGUCCUCAGUACUGUCUGGUGUGCAGCUUUGUCACAAGGUGGUGGAUGGACUGUGUGGCCGGGAUGCUCCUCGCCGGGCGGAUUACAGCGCCACCUGGAGCCUGGAGGAGUGGCUGGCGCUGCUUGACUCCCUGACUGCCUUCUUCCGUCUGGCAGUGGGGAACAACAGCUCAGAUGAAGAGGUGCUGGCUGGGCUGAGAGAUGUGGUCAGCAGCCACGCUGAGAUGUUGCUCAGUGUGCUACGAGCCAGAGAGGAGGAGAUCCACCGCGCUCUUUUGGACAGAACCAACUGCAUCUCCUCUGCUACUCUGCAGGAUUUUGACUGGCAGCUGAAGUUGGCUCUGUCCAGUGAUAAGAUCUCAUCCCUCCACACUCCUCUGCUCAGCCUCAGUCUGGACCUGAGAGAGAACGGAGACCUCCGGCCCGUCACCAUGGAGAUGAACCGAGAGGAGCUAAACACCCUCAUCAGUUCGCUGGAGGCUGCUAAUAAGGUGGUGCUGCAGUUGAAAUGAUCAACCGAUUGACGGAGCACUGAUCCACGAUUACAGGACGAAAAGUGCAUGGAUGUCGUGUUGCCCUGUCCCAGGAUUGUGUGUGUUGCAGGCACAGUGGCCGUGUCACUUCCUUUGUCGUGUACACGUGUUUGCAGGUGAACACAUGUUUUUUGCUGUGUGCUGUGUUUUGUCAUGAAAAUGCUGAAGUAAAUGUUCAGUUGCCUUUUUUAUUUCACUGAAUUAAAUUCAUCUACUCUCCAUUCAAGUUCAGUUCGAUAUGAGUUUACAUACAGACAGUAAGGAGAGGAGAUACGGCCUUCGUUUAAUGUCUUUAUGAGUGGUACUAUUAUACGCACACACACACACACACACACACAUAAAGACACAUAUAUAUGUCAUUUCAUUUCUUAGAAAAACUUAAGUGCUGCCUUUCCUGAGUUACUUUUUGAAAAUGAUUAUUAAUUAUGUCUCCUGGGCCCUUAACAACCCAGAGAGCUUCCACACCCUGUCCUACAGAAAAGGUCAAUAGAAACAUUAGGGUUUUCAGUGGUUUAUUCAAUGGGAGUCAAAUUAAGAAUAUUCAAGUAAAUUAUUUUGACAGUUACGUGAAAUAUUGAAUCCAUGGGGACAAAUGAAAGAUUUGUCAUGAAUAACUCUGUGUUCUGCUGAGAAAUUGAUACAUUAAAUCAAUACAUAAGAUACCUGAAA